GACUGUUAAAAGAACAGGAUGUGGUAAAGAUCUUUUCAUUGUACAUCUCAAGUGUACAUACAGAGCACCGUGGUGUGGUCAGUGAAUCUUCAUUCCCAUCAAAGUUAGAGACAGUCUAUUGUUCUCUGAGAGUAAUGGCUAAACUCCAGAAUGUUUUUAUCUCACAGCUGCUGCUUGGAACCUUUAGACUGUGUCUCCUUCAGAGAACUUCAUCUGAUCUCACAUCUGCCCAUUCUGGAGAAAACAUCACCCUGAAGUGUGGCAUUACUGCAAAUUAUGAGAUAUUGUGGUAUCGCCUGAGCUCAGAGGAGAUGAAACUAUUAAUAAUUGCUGGAAAAGAAAAACUGAGUAAAUCGUUUUCCCUCAUUUAUAAUAUAAAUGAAGGUCAUUAUGAUGGAACUAUAAACACCCAUUCAGUCAGUUUAGUGAUUAUUGGUGUUGAUGAGUCUGACUUGGGGCUGUAUUACUGCGGAGGACAAAACAACACAAAAUCCAUCGAGUUUGGAAAAGCCAUCAGACUGACUGUUGGAGAUGGGGAUUUUCAGAGUAACAGCCCUUCAGCACAGUCAGAUUCUGAACCUCCUCCAGAUCCUGCACCUUACUGGAUCAUCACUGUAGUCCUGAUGUCUGUUUGUUUCGUCUCUGUCCUGAUAAACCUCAUCUUCUCAUGGUUGUUCUGUUACCAGGCGCUAGGGAAGAGCCACAGUGAUGCCAACGCUGAUGACUCCAUUAAAAAGGAUGUGGACCUGCAGUACGUGAGCGUCCAGUACACUGCAGUGACCAGAGGAGCCACUCAAAGAAACACAGAAUCUGAUCUGGACAGUGUGACCUAUUCAGGAUUCAUCUAACAGCCCACUGGACAACACAAGAUUUCACAAAAUAGACAUAAACAAGAUAGACGCAAGUAAACAAGCAAGCAUGCGGUGUAUCUGAUUUCAGAUGAGAUGUUCAGAAGGUUUUUGUGGAUCUCUAACAACCCAGAACGCAUGAACUGGACAGUUAUAAAGUGUUAUAAAGUAAAGGAACUUAGUAAUAAUGAACAUAUUACUGCCUUGGUAAGCAUCAACUAGAAUUAAGCAUUUUUCAGAGAACAUACAUCAUAAUCUUAUAUGCAACCUUUACCAGAUCAUUAAGUCUAUAAUCAUUGAAGCCAGUAACUUAAUAACAAACCACCAUUUAGCUUUAAACAACUAAACCCUGGCCAGCUAUUCCAGAGAUCUUCAAAUCUGGACCAUAACUCCAGUUUUUGAUCUUGGAUUUUAUAAUCCCUGGUAUGACGCAAUGAGGCCAGUCGUUCAUAUCCACAGCACAGUUAACUACCAGUACUCACAGAAUGCAGGACUGGAAUCCAAGUUCCCACCACCAUACAAAAUUGACUUAAUUAAUUCAUUAAAAAGUGACAAUAUAAUUUGCAUGUCUAUUUGGUAUUAUGUCUUAAACAAGGUGAUGCUCUCAAGGCACAUCAGUCCACCCACGAGAAUUUAAUGUAUUUGGUUCCCUAAAUAACAUUGGAACCAAUACAAAUAAACACAAAUACAGUCAAGAUAUUGCACUGAUUGGCAGUGAAGUUACUUAUUAUAUAGAUUAUAUAGAUUAACACUAUUAAAGAAUAGAGAAUUAUUUCCAUGACCUCACACUUCAAACUAGCCAUGUUAACAUGCAGCCUAAUAAUUCGUUACUAAUCCGACUAAAAGCACAAUCGGAAUAGUCUAUGUAAACACAUCAAUUGGAAUAGUCUAGUCCGAUUGAGGCCAUUCAGGAUACAAUUUCUAUCUGACUGAACAAGGUGGGUAAUCCUGUAAAGAAGAAGAAUAAUAUCCGUGUAAAUGCCUGUAUCUGAUUACAUUCCCUAUCGGAAAGUUUAAGUCUGUUCUGCAUGUGUAUCGUGUCAUUGUGAAAGUUUAUACUGUUCAACACGGCGGAGCAGAAACUGGUCUGCAGAGGAGCCGAAGCUUUGAUCUUUCAAAGACAGCGGUGGGCUGGACGUCCAGCUUAUGUGUCUCAGAAUACGACGUCUUACUCUCUGCCUCGGAUUGGCAAACAUCUCAGCAUGUAAACAUAGCCACUGUUUCUGGAACACAAACACUGCCUGCGCAAAAUAGAUGGCUAUGGAAAUCUGGAGAGGCCAUGAGCUGUUGCUUCAAUUUUUAGAUUAACUUGAGAUAACAAUAUAAGUAACUAAUUAUUUCAAGAUAACAAGAUACAAAACUCGCUAUCUCACAGUAACAAUCCAGAAGAUUAUAACUCUCUAGACUUCCACAGGUACCUGUUAUUGUUUGCUUACAAUAAGUGAUUCCAGACUUAAAAUGUAGAUACGUGAUACUAAAUAGCCUAUUUAGUAUGAUACCCAUCCAUGAAGUAUGACAGCAGGAAAUGACUUGCAGCCAUCAUAUGUAUGUUUAGUUAAUAUGGCUUUCUCUUGCUAGCAGUGUGUAAAGCUUAAUGUCACCUCAAAGCAUCAAAAAUAUUGAAUAAAGUGUCAUUUAACAAAGUCGCUGCUCAGGUUUUGUUACUCACACAUGAAGAUUAGAAGUGUUUGUUGCUUAUGUAUGUGAAUAUUAA